AUGUCUACUUGGCAACAACAUGCUCUAUCAAAUACUACAGUCAAUAAUCAAAAUCAACUAGUGAAUAAUCAUAUUACAAAUGUUAGAUCAAAUUCAGUAGAAAUCUUGGACAGUUUAGGAGAAAUCAAUCAUAUAUCAAGUCUUUCAGAAGAUUUUGGUAAUCUUUUCAAUCAAUCUGAUUACAGUGAUAUUGAAUUAGUUGUUCAAACCGAACGUUUUUAUGCUCAUCGUGUUAUUUUAGCAGCACGUUCAGAAUAUUUUCGUGCAUUACUUUAUGGUGGUUUACGUGAAUCUCAACAUAAUAAUCAUUCAAUUGAAAUUAAAGAAUGUAAAGCAGCUGCAUUUAAAAUUCUUUUACUAUAUACAUAUACUGGACGUAUUAAUUUAAUCAAAGAGAAAGAAGAUAUUCUACUUGAUUUACUUGGUCUUGUACAUCAAUAUGGUUUUCAACAAUUAGAAACAAGUUUAUCAGUCUAUUUAAAAUCAAUUUUAUCAUUAAAAAAUCACAAUUUAUUGAUAAUCAUGCAAAUGAUAUUAUUAAAACAAAUGAAUUUUUAA